ACUUUCCCCAAAUUGUAGCUUUGACUCUCAGAGACGGGACAGGCAGUCGAAGGGGUUGAAGCAUACACACUCGUAGCUGCAACGAUUGUUCUGAGCUUAAAACCGUUUCUGUUUCGGCUUUCCUUCACGGACGAUCAUCCAGAGCAGCAGCGCUGAGGAUAUUUCGGCGGCGCGUUGGGUGAAUACAUAUUUGGGCGCACGCUGAACGCCAAAGCCUCACCGCGGCGCGCAAGAACAAGAGGAACCGGGAUUGUCUACACCUCCUCGGGACUUGCGCUUUACGCCGUUUCCUAGAGCACACUGGGACUAAAGAAAACCUUCACCGAAUGACAUGAAAUGUGGUCAGUAUUAAACCGAACUUGUCAGUGAAGAGGCAGAAUUUAUCUUGAGUGAAUCCAGGCGCAGUAUUGAGUGGGGGUUAGACCGGAGCGACCGACCGAGAGGCGAAAUAUUGUUAUUCCGUCAUAUUCACUGUUGUUUACCAGAGAAACAAGCAGUAAUUCAGAUAACAGUGUGUUGUUACCACCUACACGCUGACUUAUUGGACUGACUUUUCUAAGAGGUUACCCUCUGAAGAGCAACGUGUUUAUGGAUUGCUGCGCAGCGAGGAGCACCGGGAGUUGUAGGCUACGCUCGUAUGCAUCGAUCAUGUUGAUACCUCGCUGUAGCUGUAAACUUUGAUAGAUGUUUACAGACAGGACUAAUAUAGAGAAAAGAUUUCAAUAAAUAAGCUCAGAUAAACUCAGAUUGACCUCUGGAGGAAGUGGGAAGCGCCUUGUUCGUCCUUCCUCGUUUUUUUUCCUCCCAAGACGUCAGGACGGAUCUGUAUCACUCAGUCUGACUCUCCUUCUGUGAUUUUAACAAAGACCAAAGUGUUUGGGGAUAGCAUGGCAAUGGUAGUAAACCAGUGGCCAGAGAACAUUUCUGCAGAUCCGGGGUCUCAGCUCCAGAUUUGCGGCCAGGAGCCCGGCGGGGCACCGGGCACUCCCAACGGUUCCACCCCGGGGAACGACGCACUUUCCGGGGACAAGAUCCCCAACGUGGACUGCAUGGUGUGCGGGGACAAGUCCAGUGGGAAGCAUUACGGUCAGUUCACCUGCGAGGGAUGCAAAAGCUUCUUUAAGCGUUCGGUGAGGCGGAACCUCACCUACACCUGCCGGGGGAAUCGAGACUGUCCCAUCGACCAGCACCACCGGAACCAGUGUCAGUACUGCCGGCUGAAGAAGUGCCUCAAAGUCGGCAUGAGGAGAGAAGCCGUACAAAGAGGGCGCACAUCGAACUCCCAGACCAGCCCAGGACAGUACUUGACUAAUGGCACCGACCCAUACAAUGGCCAACCCUACCUAUCCGGUUUCAUUUCUCUGCUGCUGCGCGCCGAGCCCUACCCCACAUCUCGCUACGGGGCCCAGUGCAUGCAGGGAAACAACCUGAUGGGCAUCGAGAACAUCUGUGAGCUGGCGGCCAGGUUGCUGUUCAGUGCUGUAGAGUGGGCCAAGAACAUCCCCUUCUUCCCGGACCUGCAGCUCAUGGAUCAGGUGGCACUGCUGCGUAUGUCAUGGAGCGAGCUCUUUGUCCUCAACGCAGCCCAGUGCUCCAUGCCACUUCAUGUGGCUCCUCUGCUCGCAGCGGCCGGCCUGCACGCCUCACCCAUGUCGGCGGAGCGCGUGGUAGCCUUCAUGGACCACAUCCGCGUCUUCCAGGAGCAGGUGGAGAAGCUGAAGGCCCUGCAGGUCGACACGGCUGAAUAUUCCUGCCUCAAGUCCAUCGUGCUCUUCACAUCCGAUGCUAUGGGGCUGUCAGAUGUUGCCCACGUGGAGAGCAUCCAGGAGAAGUCUCAGUGCGCCCUGGAGGAGUACGUAAGGAACCAGUACCCCAGCCAGCCAAACCGCUUUGGACGCCUCCUCCUCCGCCUGCCCUCCCUGCGCAUCGUCUCCUCUCCGGUCAUUGAGCAGCUGUUUUUCGUGCGCCUGGUAGGCAAGACGCCCAUCGAGACACUGCUUCGUGACAUGCUGCUCUCGGGCUCCAGCUACAACUGGCCCUACAUGCCCGCCGUGCAGCGCGAGCGACCCAUCUCCCUCCACUACAACGAGAACGGGCCAUGAGGUGGAGAGACAGACCAAGGAGAAGCUGCAGGAGAAAUUCAGGCUGCAUCAUCAUCUAUCUGAAUACUCAUCCAUCCAUCUUAACUUCUCUUCAUUCUCGGCGUUUAACUUCUCAGCUUUCCCGGAGGAAGCGUCUUCCUCGCCAUUCCACUCAAAAAAAUCUGUACUGACGGUGAAGUCUGUCACCGUCCAGGUUACACAAGCCAGCCAAUCAUUCACCGUGGCCAUUGCAGAAACUUGGUGGCCCACUGCAGUCCCUCACCUGACAGUGUAGUCUACAUUUGAGAUGUGGCAUGAGAUGGACAGGUUGGUAGAACGGGUUAUUGCACAGUUCACCAGCGGGUCUGUUGGACUCACUUCAGAUGUCAUUCUCACACCCCAUGCAAACAGGGGCAGCAAAAGACAAAACAUUUGCUCUAUUGUUGGUGCUAUGCCUACAUUUACAGAGGCUGUAAACAGGCAUCCCAGUACGGCGAAUACUGAGCAAGGGCUUUGCCAAUGGGACUCUACAACCAAGAGCACAAGGCCCUUUGUAUAUUUACCAAUUUUUGAAAAGAAAACCAGAAGCCAUUAAAAAAAAGACAAAUGCCAAAAUGUCUUGGACUUUUGCAGAGGACAUGUUUCAUUGUGUGUGUUUGUAUUAGCACUGUUUAUAUGGAAAGAAAACUCAUGAUUGUGUCCAUAUGUACAGUAUAUCGUUGAUUCAUAGGCAUCUAUAGCAUAUUAGGGUUCAAUGGGAAAAGCUCAGGUUCAAAGGGUGGGUAGACAGACAGACAGACAGACAGUCAUGCCAAUAUCAGUACAAGUAAAAAUAAAAGACAAGCCCAGCAAAAUCUAUACUUAUCAGCAGCCUGUGCCAAAGCUGAAAAAUGCAUAUUGUUUGGAUUAUUUUUGCGGUAGUGUUGGUGAUGAAAAUUUUAUGUUUGGUUUGUCUAUAAAUUGACUACAUACUUUUUUGGGGGGCUCAGGGGGAGACGAGGAGUUUGUAAAAAAGAAACACAAAUAAAAGCUUAGGCACUUGCUUUGUCGUCAGAAACUACACUUAUUCACUCCUAUAAAAUCACAGCACUGGUAGAUUCUUGCUACCCUGACGUCAUUUGAUCAAUCUACCUUUUUGAAAAGCCCAUUAUAAUUCUAACUCCUUACAUGAUGCUGUCACAGGAGUGACACAACUCAUCCUCAUUUUUUUUUUAGUCAUGAUUGUCACUAUUGGACCUUUUGGACUUGGGGUCGGGGGGCAUUUUACAAACCUAGCUGUACUUGCCUUAGAACAAAGAUUUUGUCACUGAGCAUUUAUCUUAUGACUGUGCCAUAAUCGCUCGUUACCUGUUAUAACAGGUAUUAUGUCCUGUCAGAAGAGGAACUGAACUCAUAUGAUGUAAAAAUGGAUAAUGUGCACAUAAAGUCACAGAAAAGUGAUGCAAAAAUACUGAGAUUUUUAUUGCAUCAAUGUAAAAAUGUCAAGAAAAACUUGUGAAAACAGACAUUUCUGCUUUAACAUCAUCAGCACUUUCAUUUUUUUUAGACCUCAUGCAAGUUCUUUUCCACUUCCUGAUAUUGUCAUGUAGGGAAACCUCCUCGACUCAUGUCAUUUGAGCUUAUCGUACCGAUACCAUAGAGAAAUGUAUCACUAACCUCUGAAAACCUCAGUCUGUGUUAUGAUAUUAUCCCAGUUGGACUUAUAACUGUGACCUAGCUUAGGACUAUUUUAAGUUGUUUUUUUUUUUUUCUUCUUCUUCUUCCUGUUGGUGGAAGCAAGUUUGUUUUGACAACCUGUCUCACAUUUCCAACAUGGCACUGUGCGAUCAAUGUCAAGUCGUCUGGGACCUUAGAAAGCUGUCUGCUGAUAAAUGGAUUCACAGAAAGUUUCUAUGAGUUUGUUUUUAUCCCCUCUACUUUUGUUUGAAAAUAUGGAUUAUCCAUUAACUGAAAUAAAAUUCUGUUGUUCACAGUAA